AUGGCCGAAAAAAUUGACCGUGGGGUGAACAAUGGGACUGCUCCUCUAAUUUUUAAGCUUGGGGGUCAAAACUACCAUAGCAUUGGUAGCUUACUUUCUCCUGAUAGUUUGCGACUAACAUUUGCCCAGCUAUAUAUCUAUGACACAGAAAAUGAGAUUGAUAAUCGAAUAGGCACACUUCGUUCCAAUGAAGCUAUAAAUGAGUGGGAUAGGGAAAUUGUGGCAAUAUUAAGAAAUAUGCUAGACAAAUAUAAUAGUUUGGCAAAGAGUUUUCGCUAUGCAAGAGAUAGGUACAAACAGAAAAAUUGCACAAACAUAAAGUUUAAGUUGAUUAGUAAAAGGACUACAGAUGGCAGGACAUACAACUUACCAUCUGCAUCCGAGGUGGCUGCAUUGAUUGUUGGUGAUGUCGAACAACUUAGCAAAGAUAGAGAUAUUAUUAUAGAGAGUCAAUCUAGAAAGCUCCAGCGGAUUGAUGUUUUUCAUCCAUCUUAUUUAGCCUUGCAAUAUCCAUUGUUGUUUCUGUAUGGGGAGGAUGGAUUUCGUUUGGGUAUUGCAACAUCAGAUUCUAUCUCCGCUAGGCCUACAAAGAAAAACAAAACAAUCACUUUGCGACAAUUCUUUGCUUUUCGACUACAGAAAAGGACGAGUGAAUCUCCAUUAAUUCUGAGAUCAAAGAGAUUAUUCCAACAGUUUCUAGUAGAUGCCUACACAAUAGUGGAAUCAGAGAGGUUAAAAUUCUUUAGGUGUAAACAACCACAGUUGAGGGUUGAUAAAUACAAAUGUUUGCAUGAAAGUCUUAUAAAUGGGGAUGUAGAUGCUGCAAGGCUUGGCAAAAGAAUCAUUCUUCCCAGUACUUUUACCGGUGGACCUAGAUAUGCAGGAUAUCCUAGCUAUUUUAUUACCAUAACCUGUAACCCUGAAUGGGAUGAGAUAAGAAGAGAAGUGACUCCCAUUGGAUUGAAGGCAGAAGACCGUCUUGAUAUAUUAUGUCAAGUUUUCAAGAUCAAGCUUGAUGGUUUGAUUGAUGACCUAAAAGAGGGAAAAAUAUUUGGCAAAAUUUUGGGAUAUGUUUGCACUGUAGAGUUUCAAAAGAGAGGGCUUCCGCAUGCACAUAUCCUUUUAUUCAUGAGUAAUGAGUUCAAGCCACAAACACCAGAUGACAUAGACAAAUAUAUAACAACUGAGAUUCCUAAUGAAAAUGAAAGGCCAAAUCUAUAUGGAGCUGUUCAAAAUUACAUGGUACAUGGUCCAUGUGGUCCGUACAACAAGAAUUUACCUUGCAUGAAGAAUGGAUCUUGUUCAAAGUUCUAUUCUAAAGAGUUUAGACAACGAACACUCAUUGAUGAGGCCAGAUUUUCCAAAUAUAGGCGUACUGAUAACGGUCAAACAAUGAAGAAAAGGGAAUGUGUACUAGACAAUAAGUUCAUUGUUUCGUAUAAUCCAGAAUUGUUGCUCAAGUUCGGGUGCCACAUAAAUGUGGAAUACACAUGCCAAAAAAGUUCUAUUAAGUAUCUGUUUAAGUAUGUACACAAGGAUAAUGACUGCGUAACAGCUACUCUAUACAAUGCUGGUGAUCCAUCAGAAGCCACACAAGUUGUUGACAAAAUUAGGAAUUACUAUGAUUGUAGGUACAUUUUGACAUGUGAGGCAGUCUGGCGUCUAUUUGGAUACGAAAUCUAA